AUGAUUUAAAUUGAAUAACAAGAAAAUAUAGGUUAAAAAAGAAAGGUUCGUGACAUUAUUGAAAAAUUGGAGAAUCAUUUGAGAUUAGAUGAAAAGAUUUCAAAUUUAAAAAUAUAAUUAGAAAAGAUGAGAUUGUAGAUUACAACUUCGAUUGAUAAGAAUAGCAUUAAAGAAAAGAUAUCUCAAUUAGAAGCAGCAAUAUUUAAUUACGAAGAAGAAAAGAAAAUUUCAAAUUAUACUGAUGAAGAAAAAAACAAAUUAUUAGAUAGCAUUAGAAAUAUAAUUCAAUAAAUAAGAGUAUCAAUUUGUAUUGAUUUUAGCCAUUACCAUAUUCUUGUGAAAAUAAAAGGUAAAUACAUAAAAACUUAAAAAACUUGAAUAGAUUUGAAGAACAUUUUCUAAUUUUAAGGGUUAAAUCAAGUAAUGAAGAAUUUGUAAUUGAAGCUUCUAAAAUCCUAAGUUUAGUUUGUGAUAAAAAAAGCGAAAUAAAAAGAGUAAUAAAUUAAACAAAAGAGGAUACUAAUGAUGANUAAAUUGUUAUGUUUAUAUACUUAAAAAUCUGA